CGCUGGCGCCAUCUUCCCGGCGGCGGGAGGGGUCGCGGGUCAGUGCCGGAGCGUCGUUGCGAGUGCGGGACCGCAGGACCGAGGGCGCUCACCCACCGCGGUCCUCGCCCACCGAAAGGUGCCUUCCGUGGCGGCCGGGGGCUCCGCGAGGACGAUGGAGCCCGGAGCGCGCCCCGCCGGGAGCUGCGGUGGCGCCGCCGGGCUCUCCCGGGAGUACAAGCUCGUGAUGCUGGGCGCCGGCGGCGUGGGGAAGAGCGCCAUGACCAUGCAGUUCAUCAGCCACCGGUUCCCGGAAGAUCAUGACCCCACCAUCGAAGAUGCUUAUAAAAUCCGGAUCCGUAUUGAUGAUGAGCCUGCCAAUCUGGAUAUUUUGGAUACAGCUGGACAGGCAGAGUUUACAGCCAUGCGAGAUCAGUAUAUGAGGGCAGGAGAAGGGUUUAUCAUCUGUUACUCUAUCACCGAUCGUCGAAGUUUUCAUGAAGUUCGGGAGUUUAAACAGCUUAUUUAUCGAGUUCGACGUACUGAUGAUACGCCUGUGGUUCUUGUAGGAAACAAGUCUGAUCUAAAGCAGCUAAGACAGGUCACUAAGGAAGAAGGAUUGGCUUUGGCCCGAGAAUUCAGCUGUCCCUUUUUUGAGACAUCUGCUGCAUACCGCUACUACAUUGAUGAUGUAUUCCAUGCCCUCGUCCGGGAGAUACGUAGGAAAGAAAAGGAGGCAGUACUGGCCAUGGAGAAAAAAUCUAAACCCAAAAACAGUGUAUGGAAGAGGCUAAAAUCGCCAUUCCGGAAGAAGAAAGAUUCAGUAACUUGAAGUUGUGAAGUGUUUACGUGUGAACUGCAGUGCUUAAUCAAAGCAGUCCAGUAACCUGCAUUAGUGAGCAUGGUGCUUGCUCUCUCUCCUGUUAUGACCGUUAUUUGUAAAGUAACUGAUGAAGGGGACAUGCCUACUAGGAGUUUUCAAUGAUGUGGUAUUUAAUAUAUUGUCUCUUAGCUAAUUCUGAUUUAUUAACCCAGUGGAGCACUUUCUGCUUUUAAAUUGUCACAUUAGAAUUUGAUUUUCCAUA